UCGAACCAAAUCAAAUGAGUCGAUGUCACGUGCUCCUCACCCUUUCCCCCAAUUAUAUCCUCGACCGCCGCUCCUAAAAACCCUACUCUCAGACGCUCGAGUCGCAAUCGAAUCCCAGGGUUCCCAUCAAAUUCUCAAUCGAUCAGCAUGACUCGUGUUUACGUCGGUAACUUGGAUUCACGAGUGACCGAGAGGGAACUUGAAGAUGAGUUUCGAGUAUUUGGAGUUUUGCAAAGCGUAUGGGUAGCCAGAAGGCCUCCAGGCUAUGCUUUCAUUGACUUUGACGACCGCAGAGAUGCUCUUGAUGCAAUCCGUGAUGUGGAUGGUAAGCAUGGAUGGAGAGUGGAGCUUUCUCAUAACUCGAGAGGCAGUGAUGGUGGUGGUCGUGGAGGUAGGAGUGGUCGGGACCGUUAUGGGGGUGGUUCUGACCUCAAAUGCUAUGAGUGUGGUGAGCCAGGUCACUUUGCUCGGGAAUGUCGUUUGCGCAUUGGUCCUGGUGGAUUAGGCAGCGGAAGGCGUCGCAGUCCAAGUCCUAGAUACCGCAGGAGUCCUAGCUAUGGUCGAAGGAGCUACAGUCCUCAUGAUCGUUCUCCGCGGCGUCGCAGUUUGACCCCCCCACGUGGACGCAGCUAUAGCAGGUCUCCACCAUACCAACGUGGUGGCCGUGACAUAUCACCAUAUGCCAAUGGGGAUAGGCGCCGUAGCAGGAGCUGAGUAACUGUUUUAAUACUAGUGUAUGAUCCAUAUGAAGG